CGACAGCAUUUCUAUGACUAAAAGUGCUGCUGCUGUUUCUCAUGCCUCUCUUGGCCAUAACACGAUGAUAGGCUCUCCGGAUGUGGUAGCUUUCACCAGAGAGGAUGAAUAUGGGCAGACCAACCCAGAACCCUGGGAUCUCCCAGAGGAGUUCUCUGUUCCCUUGCACCCCCUGGCUUACUCCAAUCCAUGGGCCAAAACCUCCUAUGCCAAGUUCACCAAAGACUUCAUUCUCAUCUCUGAGUUCUCUGAGCAGGUGGGCCCCCAGCCUCUCCUCACCAUCCCAGAUGAUCCCAAAAUCUGCGGCACCUUUGACCUUAACUACUUCUCUCUGCGCAUCAUGUCGGUGGACUACCAGGCCUCCUUUGUGGGGCAUCCACCCGGAAGUGGCUACCCAAGGCUCAGUUUUGUGGAGGACUCCAGGGUCGUACUGGGAGACUCUAAGGAGGGGGCGUUUGCUUAUGUGCAUCACUUCACUCUUUACGACCUGGAGGCGAGAGGCUUCGUGCGACCUUUCUGCAUGGCGUACGUCGCAGCAGAUGAGAGGAAAAUCAUGCUUCAGUUUCAGGAGCUUUCCCUUCGCUUCUCGCAGGCUUCCGAGUGUCUGAAAGCUGGGAACAGACGAGCAUUCGCUAAGGAACUCCAGAGGAAGCUCCAGGACCUUGAGUACACCCAUUCGGUGCUGCAACGGGAGGAGGGGCUUCAGAGAGAGGCGGGGCCUCAGUGUGUUUACUCCGCCCAUGCUGUAGAGAAGGCCAAUGAGCUUGCAAAUGUAGAAAAGUGCAUUUAUGAACACAGAGACCUGCUGAAACAGAUCUGCUCCUACCAUCGCCGUCCACGCCGGGAUCCCCAGGCCGUCACCUGCCAGAAGUGUAUGACCGAGUGCUUAAACGAGUGUGAGAUGCUGUUAGACAAAUAUUGUAAGCUUGCCGAACCGAUUCGUUUCUUUGAAAAGGGGUGUAAAGGAGAAGAAACGGGACAGGUUAGAUUAGAUGACAAUGGAGAUGAAGAAGGUUUAGAUGAGGAAGAGGAUGAGGCUGUAAAACGUAAGCCGUCCUACACGCCACAGCUGAUCAAAGCUAAGUCUGCCAAAUGUUUCGACAAGCGCCUAAAGAACCUCCGAGAGCUGUGUGAGGAGACUUUCUACGAAGGCUCGGUGGAGCUUCUAAAAGAGGCAGAGAGGAGUUUUCGGGGAGAUUUGUGCUACUUGUACACCCGUUGCCUAGACAAGGCAUUGCGCAAGAAAUUGAAAGUUGUCAACUUCUUGUUUGAGGAGGACCUCAGUGACAGCACUGAGGAUGAAGCAGGAACACUAAGACCAUUCUGUGCUGUGAAUCAUUCCAUAGACAACCAUGUGCACUGCAAUCCCCCUUAUAUUGUGCUUGGACCAGAGUCUCUUGAGCUUGCUCUGUCAAGACCUCUACAUUCAUCCGAUCCGAUCCCUGUGUCUGUGACCAGCGCUGCUCAGGGGAGGGAGCUUGGACUUAGGGAGAACCAUCUGGAAUCCUCCUCCUCAGAUCAGACUUUGGAGACUCAGGAGAGCUCAGAGGAGACCAAAGGAAGCUUCAGCAGUGAUAAGAGCGGCACUGAUCAAGCAGAGAAGCAAGAGAGUCUGGCCAGUAUGAUUUCAGAAGGACCCGAUCCUGAUUCUGAACUGACCCCUGAACCUGACCCCAACACUGAUUUGGGGAGGGAAAGUAGCAGUGAAGACGUCGAGACCACUGCAGGGGAGGAUGAGGGUGAAGGACAGGACCAGACCCCCGUGUCUUUGCUGGACGUGGUGUCUGACCUGGAUGAGCAUGACACAGUGAACGAGUCCAAGUCGCUGGUUCCAAUAGACACAGCAUGCUGCAUCGCUCAAGAACGUUUCCUUUUCGAGGCGCCUGCGUCUGACGCCGUUCCCUGCCUACGCCACAGCUCUCAUUCGAAGCCCUUCCAAAUCCUGGUGGUCAACCAGGAGCCCCAGGCCCUUCUUCCAAUCCAAGAUGAAUACACUGUGGGUUCCUCGUACUCUGAAAGUCCUGCAGCUGGCCUGGAGCUUCCUGUGGGCCUACUCGGAGAUGCAAUUUCUCGUAACUCCGUGGAGGAGGGGUCGGACUGCACCAUGAGCGCUUCCACGGGGUCUGACAGGGCUGCCUCACCGCUCAGUUACGGGGGGUCGGUGACCCUCCGUCAGAGGAAAAAGGCAGCUCAAAGUGCUUUGAAGUUUGUACGCCAGUAUCCCUUUGCUUUGAAAGCGUUGUGGUGUCUUCUGAGCGGCAGAACCCUGGUGGUGCUCGGGUCGGAUGAGGGUAGAGUCGGCCGGCUGGUCGCUGCGCUGGCGCUCUUCCUACCCAGUCCAGGGAAGUGUAGGGAGAGGAUUCAGGCCUGGCUGACAUGUCCCUUCACGCUCACUGACUUGCAAAGGUGGAAACUCAUUGGAUUGCAAAGGGUGAUGUCCCCCAGGGGCUCCAGCAUGUUUUACUCCCUGUCCCGCUACAGCCGCUACAUCUCCAUCCUGGACGUGGACGAGAGGACCCUGCGCUGCCCAUCUUACCGUGGCCAGCUGCUCGCCAACGUGGCCGACCACCGCACCUUCAUCCGCCGCGGCUCCACCUACUUCCUUCACAUCCAGAGCACGCUCUGUCGCCUCGCCGCCAAGGCUUUCCUGCUCACCUUCACCCACCACCUCCACCUGCCCGUCAGCCCCACGGAGGGGCUCGAAGUGGUGGAGGCCAGACGCCGCUCCUUCUUGCAGGAGCAGCUGGGGCUGGACAAGGAGGACAGCCAGAUCCUGCUGUACCUCAGCCGGCUCAUCACUGAGCAGUACCUGCAGGCCGCAGACAGCGGCCGCUUUAGUUUUAACUACACCAGCAGCGAUUUAUACAAAAUCUGAUGUUCUGGGAGGAUCGUUUCCCACAUUCCAGCAGAAAUCAUCAGUGAAACUUUUGGUUUUUAUCCAACCAAAGUGAUCCUACUGCACUGAUUCUUAUUUAAUCUCCCUUUUGCUCUGCU